UCUGGUUACGGGCUUCGGUCUCGACCCUGUUGUCGCUCCAGCGCCACAAAUCCAAACUUUGCGCCCCGAGCUCUCUCGCUGUGGUUUGACACGCAUCACGGUGUAGUAGCUAGUAUGUUGCGUCGUCUCUCCACCGGGAAAUUACGACAUCAAGUGAAGACGUACAGCAGGCAGAUACAACUACCGCGGAUCCAGCGAGCCACUACAUUCAAGCGGCCAGCGACACCAUGGGGGCGUUUGCAGUACAGACUCGGGGACGGGCCUUGAGCGGAGAAAAGGAGAUCUUCAUGGGUCGUGGCACUGAAGUCCUAGGUUUUGUACACCUGGCAGGGCUAUUUGUCCACGAUAUAAAAACC